AUGGAGGCUCAGUCCUGGAAGAAGGGUGGAUGUCUCACUGCAAUCCCGGACGCCUUACCAAGGGAAUGGGAGAGCAGGAAGGCAUACAUCCAGGCGCCAUGGAGCAAGCCGCCAAAGGUACACAUCGAAGAACGAGAGCAAGCGAAAAACACACACGAUAGCAUUGAACGACAAUUCCGCGCACCGGUACGACUAUACACCGAUGGGAGCGGGUAUCAAGGCGGCAUUGGGGCCGCAGUGUACCCGACAUACCCGAGUGUCCAGAACGAGUCACGGCUAUGCAAUAUGGGAUCUGACGACGAUGCCACUGUGUACGCCGCCGAGCUCCGCGCUAUUGAAAUGGCACUAGAAGUUAUCCAAUACCAAUUCACAAGCAACGACGACUGGCGAGAAAGGCUGGCGGAGAGGGGGGCCGUGAUCUUCACCGACAACCAGGCCGCUCUUAAAGCUAUUCAAAACCCCAAAAUGCCAUCCGGCCAGGUAUACCUGGAAGGAAGCCUCCGCCUACUGGACUGGUGCUCGAAGAGCAAGAUUCAGGUUGAAUUGCGCUGGAUCCCGGCGCAUGAAGGCAUUCCAGGCAACGAACAUGUUGACAUGCUUGCAAAGAGCGCAGCAACCACCACCGACACAUCGAAUUAUCAUAACCGAUCUACCCGGCUUGCCGCCGCAGCGAGCAAGUGGAUUAAGCAUGAAUCGAUGAUCGCAUGGGAAAAAUCGUGGUCGAAGGGAGGAAGGAUUGCGCGGAGGACUCGGAGGCUGGUCGAAGCGCCGAACAAGACAAAUCUGGCGCAUCAUUGGGCUCGCUGA